GAAGCGUUUCCGGCAGCGAGGUUUUCCUUCCAUCGAUCUGUACGCCCUCCCCACCGGCCGGUCGCGCUCGCGCACCUCCACCAACCUACCUGCCCGCCCCGCCCCGCCCCGCCCGUCGGCGUCCGUCGACGACUCGCCGUCCGUCUCCGCCCUCCAAGACCCUACUACCCCUGUAGCCUCCAGCCCCGCGCCCGCCAUGGCCACCAACGGCAGCUCCGCGAGGGUUCGGGACACGGAGAGCAGCCUGGAGAAGGUGAAGCGGCAGCUGUCGUCGGGGUCCGGGAGGUACCUGCUGCAAGGGCCCCUGCUCAAGCGAUCUGAGACGUUACGGAAAUGGAAUGAACGUUGGGUCAUAUUGGAUCCGACAUCUGGAAAGAUGGAAUACAAACUCCGGAGAAAUGAAACUGCUAUUAAGGGGACCAUUCUGUUUGACGCCUCAAGCACCAUUACUUUAUCUCCUGUGAACUUUCAAGGGAUGCCAAAAUAUGAUGGCUGCUGCUUCUACAUUGGAACUCCUCAAAAGAAGGAUUACUUUCUUUGUGCUGAAACUCCUGGUGCCGCAAAAGCUUGGGUAUCUACACUACAUGCAACCCAGUUAGUCUUACGAGCUCAUAAAGAGGCAGUAAAUUCUUUGGCUGGGAAUGGCUCUUCAGCUACAUUAGGCACAGUUGCUACUGCAGUUGCUAAUGCUAAUGCAACAGCCAUGGAGGCUACCAAGGAGAUAGAAGCUGCACUAAAGGUUUCCAUGAGGGCAGCUCUUGGGCUGGGUACAAAUAACUCCAACGAGGGCCAACUUGAUGACCUAACAAUCAUGAAGGAGACUCUAAGAGUGAAAGAUGAGGAAUUGCAACAUUUGGCGAAGGAUAUCCGCUCUCGAGAUUCUACAAUAAAGGAAAUAGCAGACAAAUUAACAGAAACUGCAGAGGCUGCAGAAGCUGCUGCUUCGGCAGCUCAUACAAUGGAUGAACAGAGACGACUUUUGUGUUUGGAGAUUGAGCGACUAAAACAAGCCUUGGAAAGACAAAUAGAACAAUCAAUGCUUAAGCUUGGACAAUCUGAAGAGAAGGUUAUCAGCCUGAGCAAAGAGAAGGAGCAGUUGAUGAAGGAAAGAGAUGCUGCAUUUCAAGAGGCUCACAUGUGGCGCAUUGAACUAGGAAAAGCCAGGGAGCAAGCAGUGAUACAGGAAGCAACUAUUGCCCGGGCAGAGGAGAAGGCAAGAGUUUCUGAAGCAGAUGCUGCAGCUCGGAUUAAAGAAGCUGCUGAAAAAUUGCACACUGUUGAGAAAGAAAAGGAGGAGCUUCUAGCUCUGGUCAGUGUUCUCCAAUCACAAGUCCAGAGAGAGCAGAGCAGCACAAAGCAAGUAUGUGAGGAGAGGUCUGAAUCAUGUUCAGGCGCUGACAAUUCGCCUCCCUUAACAAAGCAUGUUGAUGCAUCGGAUGAUGAUGUGGACAAAGCCUGCGUAAGUGACUCUAGAUCAGUGUUGGUUUCGAGCGAUAGCACUGAGGUCCAGCUGGCUGUGGAUGGGGUGGACAUCCGUCCUGUUGGCGAUGCUGAGUGGGGUGGCUUCCAGCAGUCAGAAGCUCUGAUCGCUGAUGUUCGCGAGGUCUCCCCAGAGGCAGAUGGUGGCAGCUUGGAUAUUCCCGUGGUCAACCCCCCACCAGUCAGUGAUCAUAUUCAGGGAGGCGCAACCCAUCCCUGAAGGCCUGAUGAGGUUGCUGCUGGCCUGCCGCUACCUUCCGAGAUUCAUGUGAUUGUUGAGAAACCGAUAUAGGGAUGUCUAAAUCUGGAGAGAAUUGCCGUUGAGGGUGUAUUGCAUCAAUGCGGAUUGUAUGUCCUUUGUAUUUAAGUAUACGACUGAAUAAACAGAUAGUAGCUGUGUUUGGCUGUGGGAUUGUAAAUUAUUCGCCUCGUUCCCUUUACUUGGAACUUAACCUGCGGCAUUUCGCGAUGAGAAAAA